AUGUCCGACAUCUCCGUUCAACUGACUGCCCCAAACGGGCGCAGCUACACUCAGCCCAUUGGUCUGUUCAUCAACAAUGAGUUUGUGGCUGCCAAGUCCGGCGAGAAGUUUGCCACUGUGAACCCUGCUGAUGAGACCGAGAUCACAUCCGUGUAUGCCGCUGGCGAGGAAGAUAUCGAUAUCGCCGUCAAGGCUGCUCGCAAAGCUCUUAAGGAUCCCUCCUGGAAGCUUCUUCCCGCCACUGAUCGUGGUCUCUUGAUGAUUAAGUUGGCCGAGUUGAUUGAGGAGCACAAGGAGACUCUUGCCACCAUUGAAACCUGGGACAACGGCAAUACUGACUGUCCUGUAGGCAAACCUUACCAGGUUUCUUUGAAUGAUGAUCUCGGCGAGGUCAUCAACACUCUCCGUUAUUAUGCCGGCUGGGCCGACAAGGUCUUCGGCCAGACCAUUAGUACCACCCCCGCCAAAUUCGCUUACACCCUCCGCCAGCCUAUUGGUGUUGUUGGCCAGAUCAUCCCCUGGAACUUCCCCUUGGCCAUGGCCGCUUGGAAGCUGGGUCCUGCACUUGCGUGCGGUAACACCAUUGUCCUCAAGCCCGCUGAGCAGACCCCUCUCAGCAUUCUCUACCUGGCAGGACUCAUCAAGGAGGCUGGUUUCCCCCUGGUGUUAUCAACAUUGUCAACGGUCACGGUCGUGUUGCCGGCGGUUGCCUUUACCGGCUCCACCCUCACCGGCCGCGAGAUCAUGAAGAUGGCCGCUGGCACCCUGAAGAACGUCACUCUCGAGACCGGCGGUAAGUCUCCACUAGUUGUCUUCGAAGAUGCCGACCUCGAGCAGGCUGCCAAGUGGGCACACAUCGGUAUCAUGUAUAACCAGGGUCAGGUGUGCACUGCCACAUCGCGUAUUCUCGUUCACGAGUCUGUGUAUGAGAAGUUCGUUGAGCUCUUCAAGGAGACCGUUCGCUCUACCAGCAAGGUCGGCGACCCCUUCUCCGACGACACCUUCCAGGGUCCCCAGGUCACUAAGGCUCAGUACGAGCGUGUCCUCUCCUACAUCGAGGCCGGCAAGUCCGAGGGCGCGACCCUCGCUUCCGGUGGUGUGCCCCACAAGAACGUCGGCGAUGGUCGCGGUUUCUUCAUUGAGCCCACAAUCUUCACCAAUGUGAAGGACCACAUGCGCAUUUAUCGCGAGGAGGUGUUCGGUCCCUUCGUCGCUAUUGCCAGCUUUACCACCGAGGAUGAGGCCGUCACCCGCGCCAACGACACCACCUACGGUCUCGGCGCCGCUGUCUUCACCCGCGACAUUGAGCGCGCCCACCGUGUCGCCUCGGAUAUCGAGGCCGGUAUGGUCUGGAUCAACAGCAGCAACGACAGCGACUUCCGCGUGCCCUUCGGUGGUGUCAAGCAGAGUGGUAUUGGUCGCGAGCUCGGCGAGGCUGGUUUGGACGCGUACUCGCAGGUCAAGGCCGUCCACGUCAACAUGGGCACCAAGCUGUAA